AUGGCUGAGAGGAAUUUGGAUGAGGUUUCGUUGAUGUUCCUUGGCGAUCGGGAUGCCGAGCUGGAAAUGGAGGUGCUGGGGCUCGAUAAGACGCCCAGCGCAGGCGUCGACGACGACGUCGCCGUGCUUGAAGCAGGCAGGUUAGCUCAAAAGCGGGCGAGGCUCUUAUUCAAUGGCGAUAAAUAA